GUUUUAGUGGACAUUGAUGGACACAAGACAAUCCCCAGUAUGGUAGCGUUCACAUCACAUGAAGUACUUGUAGGUGACCAUGCCUUGGAGCAAGCUGAACAAAAUCCAUUAUCAACCAUCUACGAUAGCAAAAGAUUUAUUGGUAAAUUAUUCAAUCCAAAUGAAAUUGCCAAAGAAGCUUCAAGAUAUGAAUUUAAGAUCAAAGAGUAUAAUGGUCUGAUUAGAUUUGUUGUCGGUUCAAAAGACAACAUGACUGAAGUCACACCGGAAUAUAUUGGAUCCAGAAUCUUAUUAGAAUUGAAAAAAACUGCAGAAGAAAGAUUAGAAUCACCAGUAACCAUGGCAGUCAUGUCAGUACCUGCAGAGUUUAACGAACUCCAGAGAAACUUUACCAAGAUGGCUGCCAGACUUGCUGGAAUUAAUGUGUUGCGUGUUAUUAACGAGCCAACGGCUGCGGCAUUAGCAUAUGGUUUGCAUAAAAAAGAGACUGUAUCCAAUGUGAUGGUGGUCGACUUGGGUGGUGGUACACUGGAUGUCUCGCUAUUGAACGUUCAAGGUGGAAUGUUUGUUACUAUGGCAAUGGCAGGAAAUAAUCACCUCGGAGGUCAAGAUUUCAACAAUCGUAUUAUAAAGUAUCUGUUGAAACUAAUUGAGAAGAGAUUUAACAAACCACUAAACAAUCCUGAAGAUCUUCAAAAACUCCGGCUACUAGUGGAGAAUGUGAAACUGAAAUUAACGCAAGAUAAUUCUACGCUGAUACGAACAUCUUUCCCAUCACUUGGAAAUCAUUUAGUCUUGCAGGAAAACUUCACACGAGAAACGUUUGAAAAAUUAAAUGUUGAUCUUUUUGAGAAAGUAUUACAGCCGAUAAAAAUUGUACUUGAGAAAAGUGAACUUCCUGUUGAUAAUGUUGAUGAGGUGGUGUUAGUAGGCGGGUCAACAAGGAUACCAAAAAUACGCCAGUUAAUCCAGAAUUUCUUCCAUAAAGUGCCAAAUACAACGAUUGAUCCCGAGUUAGCCGUAGCAUAUGGUGUCGCAAUCCAGGCUGGUAUAAUUGGCGGUGUAUGGCCGUUACAAGUCAGUGCAAUUGAAGUUCAAAGAAAAGUUGAAAAAAUACAUGUCACUUAGGGAGCUUCAAAAAUUUACAUCUAAUUAAAGGGUCUUCUUAAAUUUACAUUAUUUUUAUUAUGUCACAAUUAAAAGUUGCAAUCAGGAAAUGUUCUGAGUUCAGCUUUCAACCUUGUUCUUUUGUGAUAAUGUCAACCAUUGCAGGUAUUGGCAUUUCAGCAUGCAUGUAUUUUGUAUAUCUUGGUAUAUAGGACACCUGCACUGGUGGACAUUAUCACAAUAGUGUUACAGCCAUUCUCAGAAUAAUUCGGUCGGUCAGUCAGUCAGUUAGCAAGAUGACUUACAAUUUUGUAAAACACUUCAGUUUUUGUCUAACCUUGACUUGACAGCACCGUCUCAUUGACACAUGCACAGUUUAUAUCAUCCCAUUAUCAUACUAAAUGAAGCUUAAAGCCCAGUUUUUAAAAAAAAUGAUACACGUUCAUUAGAAGACUUACAGAUUUUGAUAUGGUUUAAUAAUUCUUGGUACAAUAUAGAUAAACAAGAAAAGAAAAAUAACACAUAUUUAUAAUGUUAAUCACUCUAUGAAAUACUCAACCAUACAUGGCAUGCCAAACAGCAAUCAAAUUCCAAAGUGUUCUGCAAAGUUGCAAGCCAUCUUACUGUCAAAAUAAUUCCCCAAAUCGCUAUAAAACCAGACUGAAAUACCUCGCAACACUAGAUA